UCAAACCCACACUUGUUCUAACCUGGGCAGAUUUGCCUCUGGGCACAGGGCUGGGAAGCCUCUAAUAGCAUCUUCCUCCUCCUCCUCCACUUCCUCCUCCUUCUCCUGCAGAGCCGCUGGGUGGGGGCUGCCCCACUCCACUGCCGUGGCUGGGGACACCGUCCCCCACCAGAGCCGGGCGAGAGGGAAGGGUCCGAGGUUGGUGCUGGAGGGUGGAACCAAACCCAGCUCUGGGGGGCAGCGGCAUUCACCUGCUAAGGGCACAGCAGAGCCCCAGGGACAGGGAGUGGUGCAAGGCAGAGCUGGGGAUUGCAAACCAGGAAGGCAAACUUGGCCCCAGGUUCUGCCGCAAUCCGGGCUCUGUAUAAAUGGCCCGAGUGUGGCCGCCCCGGGCUGUCAGCGAGCGGUGCCGCUCCGAGGAUGUGGCUGUGUGUGGCGGCGGUGCUGGCGGGGCUGCUCCUGCUGCGGCGCUGGCACCGGGAGCGGCAGACGGUGCCGGGGCUCCGGGAGAAGCACGUGCUGAUCACGGGCUGCGACAGCGGCUUCGGGAACCUGCUGGCGCGGCAGCUGGACGGGCGCGGGCUGCGGGUCCUGGCCGCCUGCCUGACCGAGGCCGGGGCGGCGCGGCUGCGGGCGGCCACCUCGCCGCGGCUCCAGACCGUCCUGCUGGACGUCACCUCCAGCCAGAGCAUCGCCGCCGCCAGCGCCUGGGUGCGGGAGCGCAUGGGUGACCGAGGGCUCUGGGGGCUGGUGAACAACGCAGGGAUCGGGACCCCCAUUGGCCCAAAUGAGUGGCUGACCAAGGAAGACUUUGUGAGGGUGCUGGAUGUCAACCUGGUGGGGCUGGUGGAGGUGACCCUGAGCCUCCUGCCGCUGGUGCGGCGGGCGCGGGGCCGCGUGGUCAACGUGGCCAGUGUGAUGGGCCGCGUCUCCUGUUUCGGCGGCGGGUACUGCAUCUCCAAGUUCGGCGUGGAGGCCUUCUCCGACAGCCUCAGGCGGGAGAUGCGUCCUUUCGGGGUGCAGGUCUCCAUCAUCGAGCCCGGCGGCUUCCAGACAGCGAUGAUCGACCCCGCGCCGCUGGCCAAGGACUUCACGCGCCUCUGGGAGCGGCUCCCGGCAGAGGCCCGGGCAGCCUACGGGCACCGGUACCCAGACAGACUGUCCAAGAGCACCACCCUCGUGCACCGCCUGAGCAGCUCCCGCCUGUCCCCGGUCACCGGUGCCAUGACCCACGCGCUGCUGUCCCGCUGCCCCCGCAGCCGCUACGCCGCCGGCUGGGACGCCCGGCUCCUCUUCCUGCCGCUCAGCUACUGCCCGGCCUGGCUGGCCGACACCCUCCUGGGCCUCCUCCUGCCCACCCCGGCCCGCGGGAGCCCCUGAGGACGGCGGGACACGGGCACGGUGCCCGCUCUCCCCGUGCCCCUGGCGUCGUGCUCAAUAAAGCUGGUGCAACGCUGGG